GUAGUACGCAUAUUACGCGAGAAAAUUGACGAAUUGCUUCAUCAUUGGCGCUGGAGUCUAUAAAAACAGCCUGAAAUAGCUAAAAUUGUCAGAUUAAAAUACAACCAAACGAAAAUAUGGAGUUUCCUAAUCUUGGACAGCAUUGUUCAGAUUCUGAGUGUAAACAGUUGGACUUUUUGCCCAUGAAAUGUGAUGCUUGUGGAAAAACAUUCUGUAAGGAUCAUAUACAGUAUGACACACAUGGCUGUCCAGAAUCCUACAGAAAGGAUAACCAAGUACCAGUGUGCCCUUUAUGCAACUCUCCUUGUCCAGUGAAGAAAGGACAGUCACCAGACAUAGUAGUUGGUCAGCACAUUGACAAUGAGUGUCAGUCAGAUCCAGCAAAGCAACGCAGGAAGGUGUUUACAAAUCGGUGUUCAGUCAAGUCAUGCAAGCAGAAAGAGCUUGUACCAGUUCUUUGUGAGAAUUGUCAUAAAAAUUUCUGUCUGCGCCAUCGGCAUGAGCAAGAUCAUAAUUGUAAGGGUUUCCAAGAUACAGGGAGACGUGUUCCCAGUGCAGGAGUUGCAGCUAUAAACCGGGCAGAGAGAAAUGGUGUAUUAUCUUCACAGCAGCAAUCGUCUUCUCAAGCAAAAGCCAGCAGUGCUCCACAGAAAACAUUACUGACAGGAUUGGGUCGUCAGUUAGAUGCAGAACGCAAAGGAAGGCAGGCUGAUACAUCUAAUGCUGAUUUCAUGCCAAGUCAUUUGACCGAGGAGGAGGCACUAAGAUAUGCUGUGCAGAUGUCACUUGGAAAUGAUCUUGGAUCAAGCAAUGCAGGGAUGAGUCAACAGGAGCAGGAGGACUUUAUGCUAGCUCAGGCUCUUGCUGCUAGUGAAGAAGAAGCAAGGCUGCAAAAUGCCCGAAGAGCCACGGUGAGAACUCCUUCUACCCUCCUAGUGUUGUGACCUGGGUUGUUGCCAGGCAUCACGACAGGAAAAGUUUUGCCAGCUUUCCUGAUGUAUCCAAAUUCACAGCUUCAUUGUUUUUCCAUACAGCAUUAAGAGAGAUGCUCAGUAUAGCACAACAUGGGAUUGUGUGAUUUUUGUUGUCUUUUUGAGAGGAUGGGAUCAUGGGUGGCAUUGUUAUCUGCAUUUACCUCUCUACCUACUGUGAUGUCAUGUGGGCAGCGCCAGCACUACAGAUGCAUGCUUGUUCCAUAUUUUUUGUGUCUUGUGGGUUUUUCCCCCUGGUCUCUAUAACUGCUGACGAUUGUACAAUGUAUAUUAUAUUGUAACAAUUAGAAAGAUGACCUAUUCAUUUCAUGAUCUGGGACAUGACUUUAUUUUAGUUUACAUAUUUUAAAUUUGGCAUAAAUUAUUUGUCAGAGGAGGACUGUAAAUGAGGGUACAAGAAAAUUACCUCUGUGGUAUUAAACAUGGUUCAGAAUAAAGUCUUUAAGUUUAUCACUUUACUAAAGGCUUCAGUAUGUGACCGAACCGGCAGUGUGCUCACAGUGCACAGUAUUUGCAAUCUUUCCCUUAUCUUCCCAAUCCAGUUCUCCAAUUUUUAUUUUUUCAGCUGCAGUCAUAAUCCAAAGUAACUUUUUUUUUGGUGGGGGGGGCUUCAUGAUUGAUUCUUUCCAGUUAAUCAGGUCUCAUAAUCACAGAUUACUAAUGACCGUAUUAGUCACAAUUUUUUUUUUCUUUUUUCUUUGGCAUGCUGUUUGCUCAUGAUGAGCCAUGUCUUGCCCAUUUCCCCAGCUGCAAGGGAAACGAGGCUUCUUAAGAUUUUUAUUGGCUGUAUAAAGCAAUAUGACAGUUUUUAAACUGUAUCGAUUAUUACAUCAAAGAACUUCCAGUCUCUCUCAUUGUCGCUAAACAUUUUUCUUCCUUUUUGUUAAGCUGCAUGAAGGUGAUAAUUCGUGAGGCCAUUUGUAUGCUGUGUCAUUUGUAAGAUAUUGAUUCCAGAGGAAUGGUAUUAUUCUGGUUUCAUGGAAUUUUUGUCAUAAAUAUUUAAUUCCUCUUAGUAGUCUAUAAUAACUGCUCCCUGGAAAGCAAGUGAUGUAUUAAGUCACCUAUUUUAUUUCCUUUGAUCGUACGAAAAUAUAUAAGAAUAAGAUGUUAAUUAUUAAUAAUGGAUUGAUCAACUUUUUAUAAAUUAAAUUACAUACAUACUUGAAUUACAAGUGUCAUUCUAGCCUUUUUAUGAAUGUUCUUGUUUGCUGUACAUUAUAUGCACUGUUAGUUAUUCAUUUGCACGACACGGGUAUGGAAACCAAAGACAUAUUAACGCACACAUUUUCGGUGACGUCUGUUAUUCUUGACCUAUAUCAGAAUUUGUCAUAUUUAUGUCAUGAUAAAUAAAGACAAUGUUCAUAACAUUA